AGAGAGAGAGUGAGAGAAGAGAUAUCCCUUUCUUUUCUUGAAGUGGGGAAAGGUUACAGGUAUAAGCAAACUAGCCCCAUCCCUCUUUUUCAUCAAACCCUUUAAAUCCCCCCCUCCCAAAAAGCCCCCUCUUUUAUCACUUUUUAUUCCCUGUUCUUUCUUCUCAGAACUCAAAAAAGGGUGAAAUUAAAUGUGGCAAAAACAAUCCCACAAAUCUUCUUUCAGAGAAUCUAUCAAAGCCCUUGAAGCUGAUUUACAACAUGCCAAUACCCUGGCAGCUUCUCUUCCAAGAGAUUAUGAUGGGGAUUACAUUCAGAUGAAAUUAUCUUACAGCCCUUUUGCUCCAUUCUUGCUAUUUUUGAUAGAAUGGAUGGAUUGUACUUGUACAGAUUCACUACCAGGCUACUUCGGCCUCCUUCAUGUACUUAUAAACAAGGUUUAUGUUGAUGGAAUGCCAACAAUGUCCUCACAAGAAAGGAGAGCCACUCUAAGGGAAUUCUAUGCUGUUAUAUAUCCUUUACUUAAGCAACUGGAAGACGAUACAAUAGAAUUGGAGGACGAAAAUGAGAGAACUCGAAACUCGGAAAUGUUGAACAGACAAAGGGUGGAAGGGAAGGGGAAACAUUUUGUUAAAGAUCCCGAGAGAGAUGAUGAAUGCGGGAUAUGCAUGGAAACUAGCACCAAGAUGGUAUUGCCUAAUUGUGGCCAUUCCAUGUGCAAUGUCUGUUUCCAUGACUGGAAUGUGCGAUCUCAAUCCUGCCCAUUUUGCCGAGGCAGCCUAAAGAGAAUUGACUCCAGAGAUUUAUGGGUUCUCACUAGUAACAGUGAUGUGGUUGACGCGAUUACUCUUGCAAAGGAGAACCUAACGCGAUUCUACCUUUUUAUUGAGAACUUGCCACUCACAAUGCCGGACAGCCAUUUGUUUCUAUACGACUACCUGAUCUAAAUGAUAGAAGAAAGUUCUCAACUAUGAAACAAGCCAAUCAGGCGACCACCCGUUGUAUGUAUAUAGUCUAGUAUAUCUAGAGAAGUCUGAUUAUCUCAUCUCUCGUGGCUGUAUAUACUUAACCGAACUACUGGAUACCUCUCGGAGAUAUGUCACAACUUAAUCAUUGGAUCAAGAUCAGGCAGGUGGCUUUAAGGAUUUGUGAAGUCCCAUAAUGAGCAGUGUAGAUGAAAGUAAGGACUAGGGAGUCUGCAAUUAUGUGGUGAAUCUUGUACUGUUGCACACAACUGAGCUUUUUAGAACCUGAGUGUUGCAAUGGGAAUGAAAAUCUCCUAGAAUUGCUUACUAUGUGGAUUUCUACUAGUUAUUGUAUGAUUAUGUAUGACAGAUCAUGAAUAAAAAUUAUGUAUAAUGUGUAUCUUGUUGUC